AUGCUGCAAUUUUCCAAACGUGCGGGGUUUCCUGGCGUGUUAGGGGCAGUUGAUGGUACACAUAUACCAAUUACGGCUCUUUCUCAAGAUCAAGGAAGUUAUUGUAAUAGACAUCACUACCAUUCUAUAAUCUUGCAAGGUGUGUGUGAUGCCAAUUAUAUGUCCACAGAUGUUUUUGCAGGCUAUCCUGGAAGCGUCCAUGAUGCGCGUGUAUGGCACAAUUCACCAUUAGGGAAAAGAAUUCGUGAAACACCCUUUGAACUCUUUCCAGAUACGAAUACCCACAUUUUGGAGGAUUCGGCGUACAAAUGUACUAACUACUUGUUAACACCAUAUAAAGAUAACGGUCACUUAACACGAAAGCAGAGAAAUUUUAAUUACAAACUUUCCUCCACUAGAGUGUUUAUUGAGUAA